AUGUCCCUUCCCGACAGCACCGUGGCGGCCUGGACGGGCUCCCCUCAGUCGUUCCUCGACGACGAGUCGCCGAGCCCGUAUACGCAUCCGGACGAACCUGUUUCGAGGUCCGACGUGCUACGACACCGCUACAAUUUUCGCCUCCAGGACGACUCCUCCCGGGCUUUGGCUUGGCGCCCGUUUGGGCAUGUCGCCAGGGAAUUGGUUGAGCCGGAUCUCUGGCCCUGGCUGGAACGCGGACACGUGAGAGAAUACGUCCACUGGGUCUGGUGGGUCAAGACGAGUAAGGGUUUGGUUCGGGACGUCCAGCUCGGCUUCCGCAAAGAUACGGGGAGAUUUGUUCCCAACGUGCCGGACCACUUGGGAACCCUCCGUGGCCGCGGACGGAUAUCCGCGAACGAGAUGAUCAGGCUUGGGCCGUCGCGGGACUCAACCCUCCGCAUGCUGAAUUUCUGUAUGUAA